CCAGUACCCAAUUUCUGUAUCACUACUCUAAUAACUAUCCAAGUUAUUAUUUUUCAAUAUAUUACCGCUAUUCAUCCAUCCUGGAGCACCAAAUCUAAUUAUCGUCAUGAGAUGCUCGAUACUCAAAGUUGAUAAGCUUAAUCUACCCGAUGACUCACGAUGCAGCCCAUGCUCUAGAGUAAUAAUCAACAACUCGCUUCAACGAUGGCCUGUUGAGUCAUCCAUAACUGUAUAGAACAGGACUAUGUAUACAUGAAACUCCCCCACCAGUGAGCAUGGGUCCAUAGCUCAAUCUUCUACAAACUACAACAAUGCCAUCUACUCCCGUCAGCAUCACAAACCCCCAAAUAGACCAUGCACAUGCACACCUUCAUCCUCAUCUAUGCCGCACAGCAGCUGAUCCCCGACCCGUAGUUCUAAUGACCUGCGGCAUCGCAGGUUCCGGAAAGUCAACACUAGCCCACUCAAUCGUCUCCGCGUAUCCAUCCUUUCACCGUCUCUCCAUCGACUCCUACGUUUAUUCACAUCACGGUCUCUGGGAUGUCGACUAUCCCCGAGAUCAGUACGAAGAGUACCAACUCGAAGCCGAAGAAGCACUACGGACUGAACUUAUCUCCGCAUUGACCGGAGGACAGGUAGAUCUCGUGCUGGACUUCUCGUUUGCAUAUCGCGAGGUACGUGAGGAGUGGAAGGGAUUAAUCGAGGGGUCAGGAGGAAGAUGGGUACUGGUGUUUUUGGAUGUUGAUGCUGCAGAACUCCGACGGAGGGUUCGAGCUCGGAAUGAGCGGGUUGAUAAGGAUGGGGACUCGGCGUUUUAUGUAACGGAGGAGAUCCUGGAACGGUACCUUACCGGGUUUGAGAGACCUGAUGGCGAAGGGGAGAUUGUGCUGUGAGUGGACUUUAUUUGCGCCGUUUUUUCUUACGAUGUGAUGUAUGGAUAUAAAGAGUUGUGUAUAUUUGGCCCGGUCUAAAGUUGAGUGGAGGCCUUAAAAUUUUCGAUCUGAGCCUUUUGAUGUGAGGGUUUCAUUUGUGCAUGAAAAUUA